AUGGUUUUCUCGAGUAUAGCCCUGUCGGAACGCUUAAUAGCCUCUUCCUCGUUCCUCUAUUUCCCUCCCAGAGGCCGCGAGAUAUUCCAGGCAGCACUGAAACAGACGAAAAUGGUCCUCCAAGUGCUGCCCUACGUCGACGGCUGCAGUUUCAUCAAUCUGGCCGACGACCCCGCCUCCGUCACCAAGCCGCGCGUUUUGCGUCUGAAC